GUUAGAAAGGGAGACAGCUGAACAACCCACAAGCGAAACGGGUGGGGGAAAAGGCCUUCACUCUCAGAUACGGCCCUCUUUUUUCUUUUCUUUUCUUUUAUUAUUUUUCUUUUAUUUAUUUAUUUAUUUAAAUUAGGAGUCUAUGGGAUAAAGAACCGGAGGAGAAACGAGUCCAAGUCUCCGUUUCUGGUGCUGCUUUGCGUGUCUGUUGAUUGACUAUUAUUAGAGGGAGAGAGAGAGCUCUUCCUUAUUCCAAGUGUCAUUUUCCAAGAUAUACUCUCCAGAAGGAAGAAACCCAAAUUCCCCUCCUUCUAAUGCAUUCUUCUCCUCCUCCUCCUCCUCCUCCUCCUCUCUCUCUCUCUCUCUCUCUCUCUCUCUCUCUCUCUCUCUCUCUCUCUCUCUCUCUCUCUCUCUCUCUCUCUUCUAAAGGAAUAAAGUCUCUCGGAAUUUAAAGUUCUUUCCGUUUCCUUUAUACCCUAUUGAAGAAAAUCAGAUCCACGGCUCGUCUAUUGGGAUACCUUGAAAAAAUGCCCCUUCAAGGUGUUUUCAUGGAGUCAUCCUCGGUCUCAGCUCCUGAUCUAUCCCUACACAUUAGCCCCCCGAACAGUGCCCGGUCGUCUCUAUGUAGUGGAAACAGCGACCAAGAGAUCGGCUUUGAUCUUUGGCCUAACCAUGAAGUUCUCAAAUCCAACAGCGACGGGACAAUCCGACCUGACUCACUUGCUUACACUAAUCUCUCCCUCGCCUACCCAACUAAUGCAACGGAGGCUGAGAGUCCGUGGAGGAGGAACUUUGAGAGAGGAGUUGAAGAAGAUGAAAUACGACAAGAACAGCCAGAAAUGAAUCAUGGCCUCUCGAUCUUAGAAGCCCCUAAUACGCUGAGGGCAGUAAAGGGGAUCCCUCUCUAUCAAAACCAUACAUUCCCCUUCAUCGGUUCAGAUCAUUCCAGAGAGAGAGAUCCGAGGAUGGGUUUCUAUCAAAUGGCUUAUCAACCAUGGUCAUCUUCUUUUUGUUCAUCGUCGACAUCAUCCCUAUCUUCUUGUUGUUCUGCUUCAGUGGCUUCACCCGUUCUUCUGGGGAGGGGUUUGGAUCCUGUGGCGGCACUGAACUCGGGCCCUGCCUCAUCUUCUCCAUCAGCUGCUUAUCUUAUGGCAGCUGCGAGUAGGUAUAAUGGGAUUUCGUCAGAUUUCAUGAAAUCCCACCACUUGCAGCACCAGUCACAGUAUAGUGUCGGAGUGUCUGAUGGUUCUUACGGCAUGAUUAGGUCAAGAUUCAUGCCCAAGCUCCCUAGUAAAAGAAGCAUUAGGGCACCAAGGAUGAGGUGGACUACCACCCUCCAUGCGCGGUUCGUUCAUGCCGUAGAGCUCCUUGGAGGCCAUGAAAGGGCUACUCCAAAAUCAGUUUUGGAGCUCAUGGAUGUCAAAGAUCUCACACUAGCACACGUUAAGAGCCAUUUGCAGAUGUAUAGAACUGAGAAGACAACUGACAAGCCUGCAGUUUCUACAGGCCAAUCUGACGGUUCAGGUAAAGAAGAUUUCCAGCAAGUGGCUGUGGCAAGCGAUCUCCACCUUCGACGAUUUAUACACGAAAGAGGGUCAGAUGGGCCAGGGCAACAUGACAUAGAUUACCCUUCUUCUACCACUCUAUGGAGUAACUCAUCAAGUAGAGGAGCAUGGCUACAGACUAACUCAAGUGACUUGGAAGGGCUGAGACCAUCAAGCUUCUCCCCUCUACAAAGAUCCGGACUACCGUUUGAGGAAAGUUAUUCUACUCAAUCCAACGGUUCGCAUGCGUUCCAUAUGGACCAUAGAAAUCCUAGCUUGGAGAUCACCCUAGGAAGACCGGAUUGGCAUGGAAAUGAACAUGAUUGAUGACAUUAGAGGGUCUAAAUAUUUUGAUUUUGAGUUUGAAAUCCCUAAUUGGUUCAAUAUCAUGAGAAGAAGAUAUACAUAUAUAUACAUGUAAUUCUCUCACUUCUUUUCCGAGAUAGAUCAUUUUGGAAUGUCUGCCUAACUUGCAGCAAAGGAGAGAGAGAGAGAGAGAGAGAGAGAGAGAGAGAGAGAGAGAGAGUGUGUGUGUGUGUUUGUUUUGAGUUGAAGUCAUCAUGUAAUUGUGAAAAUCAGGAAAGGGAAAAGAAAACGAAUCCUGUCUGAAUGAUGCAUUACAAGCUUGUUUAUCAUGAAAUGUUCACAACUAAUUUUGCAUGGAAA